AUGCUUGGAUCUAUGAGGGAUGGAGGAGGAGGGGGAACUUUUAGUGGAAGUGGCUCUUUAGGUUCUCCUUCAAUUGUUGGGGAUGGUGCUCCAGCUGUUGGAUCAUUACGAAUUAAUAUGCCUGCUAGUAGCUCUUUGCGAAAGAAUGAAGGAAGUUUGAAGAAGAAAGAAGAAAUUAGUAGUGGAAGUAAAAAAGAGGGGAAAUAAAUA